UCGCCCUCUGUUACAAGAAUUAAAAUACAAACACCCAAAUACAAACAUAAAAUUUCAAAGAUAACAACAUGAUUAAGGUGACAAUACCUCUUUAUCAUGCUCAGCACUUCUUAUCUUAUCAUAACUUCAACAAUUUCGUGCUAUGAAAAUUCAGACAUUCUACGACAGGUGUGGUUUACUUUUUAGUAAAGGUUUAACUGGCGAGAGGGAAAAUAUUUUUUUUUAAUAAAUCGAAUUACGAAAACGAGAAAUCCUUGAAAUAAGGUAAAAUGGGACACGGUAGACAGGAGAAUCAAUUGGAGAAACAAAUAGGAUGUGUGAAGUACACUCUUUUCUGUUUCAAUGUUGUCGCAUGGCUAAUAGCGACGUCAUUGUUCGCGCUUACAAUCUGGAUAAGGGCAGAACCUGGAUUUAGUGAAUGGCUCAGUAUUUUGGAAGCAGAAAGUUUUUACAUCGGAAUCUACGUGUUGAUUGCACUUAGUGUGAUUAUGAUGGCAGUUGCUUUCUUAGGAUGUCUUAGUGCCCUCAUGGAAAACAUCCUUGCGUUGACAGUUUUCAUUGGAACACAAAUCUUUGGAUUCUUGCUGACAAUAUUAGGAUCAGCUUUCUUGCUAACUUACAGUACAAUGCAUUCUAGUUUGCAGCCAUUGCUCCGCGUUAGCCUUAAGCGAUUCGUCAUGACCUCGGAAUACUCAUAUUCGUCGUACGUGCUAACAAUGAUUCAAGAGAACAUUGGCUGUUGUGGAGCCGACGGACCAUGGGAUUACUUAGACCUAAGGCAACCUCUGCCAUCAUCUUGCAGGGAUACAGUAACAGGAAAUGCAUUCUUCUCUGGUUGUGUGGAUUCCCUUACAUGGUUCCUUGGUGGCAAGUCUUCUUGGAUUGUUGGCCUGGCUAUGGCUUUGGGAAUGCUUAAUGUGGUGUGUGGAGUCAUGAGUUUGAUACUCAUUCAAGCAGUAAAGAAAGAAGAGGACGAAGCCAGAGCAUAUCGUCGCUAAGCAGUUGUGGAUCGCAUUCAUUAUUUUAAUCCAUAUUUUUAUUCUUUUAAAUAGACGUACAACUACAGUGAAACUUUUUCCUCCGAUAAGAACGCUUAAAUUUCAUAAAGUUAUACACAGUGCAUACAGAUACAUAUAAAUAAGUAACAUUUUUAAAGCAUUUUAGCGAAUAGUGUUUUUUUUUUCUAUUUUGUAAAUUAAAAUAAAUAUUUUUUUUAAGAUGAACCGCAAUAAAAUAUUUGUGUAAAAUCUUAAAACAUGA